AUGGCACAGCACAAGGCGAUGCCACCUGCCACCGAGGCCGAGGCCAUGCAGCCUGCUUUGACAGCCACGACGCCGCAGCAUGCGCCGAGCCGGAAGCGCAAGGCGCAAGACGAGGCAGCGGGGCAGAAGGCCGCCAAAGCUGCGAAGCCUGAGUUGCCGAGCGUUAUCGAACAGGUCAAGGCCUUGGCUGCGCGUGCUUGGGCGUGGCUGCCGCUGCAUUCUAUGCGACACGCGCUUCCGAUGGAGUUCGCAGUCUCAACGGUGCAAGAAGGGCAGGCCCUGCACAAGAAAGAACGGCUGAGCCCAAGGUCGCUCGUCAUGUGUCGCCACUUGCGCGAGCCGUUGCCUAUCGAAGCGGUCCCACCGCAGUCCAUUGAAGCCAUCAAGGCCAUGCCGCGCAGAAAGCUUUUGCUCGUCGCGAAGGCGGUGUACAGGCAUUUGAAGGCGCGCCACGCAUCGACCGGAACCGGCGUCUCGGAGUUGAAGAACCUACGAGAAAUGCCGAUGCACAACUUGCGCCUUUGGGUGACGCUCCACCUGCCAGAUGUCAUGCCGUUCAAGGCGAUGCUCAAGGGCAUCGGCGUCACGGGUGACCUAAGCGACACCAUCGGCAUCGGCUCGACGUCGCUCGUGUAUCGCGGCACGUGCCACUCGGACGGCGACAAGCUUGUCGCUAUCAAGAAACUGCAGUAUUCGUCGGACACUGCCAGUAUGAUGCAGACCCAGAAGGAUCGCUUUGUGGCCGAAGCCCAGCUGCACGCGCAGCUGGAGCACGAGCGCAUUGUGAAGUUCUACCGGUUCUUGCCGUCGUGGCCCCCGGCCAUCCUCGGAGAGCUCGGCGAUUGCAACCUUUUCAAGUUUGCGUUGAUCCACGGCCCCCAGUGCGAGCCCGUGGCCGCGCGCUUUGUCAAGGAGGUGGCGGAAGGCCUCGCGUACCUCCACGGGCGCGGCAUCUGCCACGCAGACAUCAAGUGUCGAAAACGCAGACAUCAAGUUGUCGAACAUUGUCAUGGGCUUCGACGGCCACCUUCGCAUCGCCGACUUUGGCUCUGUCUAUCACGAGUGAAGCCCUCCCGUGUACAAGCGCGGGACAUCUAUGGCUUGGCCCCCGAACUCUUUAAGGACGAGGGGUGGGACACAACGGUGGAUAUCUGGGCGCUUGGCGUCAUGACCUACGAACUUCUGGUGGGCGAAAACCCGGUCACCAAUACGCCCUUGGACAUGGCGAAUCCGCCCCUCUCGGUCUUCAAGAGCGCCAUGCCGUCCAUCGAGUCCAAGAUCCAAAGCAAGGUCGAGGCGCAACCCUUCCCGGCGGACGUCAAAGACCUCCUCCUGCGUAUGCUUGAGCCGCAGCCCGAGGAGCGCAUAUGCCUCGAGGACAUCCUCACCCACGAGUGGGUGCGCCGCCACACUGACGCGUAG